AUGACUAGGAAGAACCUUCUUACUGUCUCAUUUCUGGCAGGCAUCCUUAAGGAUAAAAGUGCAUUUCUUCUGAGAUAUCAGGAGUGCAAGUACUCUGAUAUCCUGUAUAAUGAUAUUCUGGCAGUCAUUGAAGACGUAAUUAUUGGUAGAAUGCGAUUAGAAUGUGCUAUUCCUGUGCUUAAUGUAUAUUAUGUGAUACUCUGUGAGUGCAAAGAAAUAACCAUUAGAGAAAUAUUCUAUAGAUGCAAAAGAGUCUUUAAGAACCAAAAUCACACAGUGCGUGUGAUAGAUUACAUAAAGAUACGCCUAAAAAUAGAGAUAUCUUUGAUUGUUCCAUCGUACAAAGGACUAGUCCAUGGAAUAUUUUCAUUAAAAUUCCAAGAAAAAGUCGUUCAGAUGGAAAAUACUUCAAUUAUCCCAAGGAUACAGAAAGAAACUAAAAUAUUCACAAAGGCAUCAGCAAUAAUUGUAGUAGAAAAAGAAGCAGUCUUCAAUGAUAUCAUACAAGAUACUGCAUAUAAAAAUAGAAUGGAAGAGAUAAUAAUUGUAACAGGAAAGGGUUAUCCAUGUACUAAUACUCUUAAAUUCCUGUCUAUUGCAAGAUCUAUAAGAAUAUUUGGUCUUUUUGACUGUGAUCCACAUGGUCUAUCAAUAUACGCAGUCUAUAAGUACGGGAGCAAAAGAAAUCCACAUCUUAAAGUACCCAGCAUGGAAAGAAUUGGAAUCCAUUUAUAUGAGAUACCAGUGACCCCAGAGACCAUGUACAUCACAGAUAAGAAGCAAAUCUCAUUGAUAAGAAAUCUAAGAAAUCUAGAAGAAUUACAAAAUGACAUUAAUAUAAUGGAAGAAACAAGAAGAAAAGCAUCAAUAGAGGAUAUACUAAAUAUAUCUACAAUUGCAAAAUAUUCCAUAGAUAAAGUAGAUAGAUUACUAAAGAGAGAAUAA